GUGUGGCACAAUUAGCCGAAUCGAUCACUUUACAAUGAUCUAUAAACUAGUUCACAAGAUAAAACAAUAUUAAUAGAUAAGUUAGUUUUAAUGUCGUGAUUAGGAUUUAAAUUUUUAUUUGUUUUUUUUUUAAUAAUGAAGACAGAAAACUGGUUAGUGUUGUGUGUUUUAUUGUGCAGUGCUUAUAGUUUGGUGAAUGCAACGACUGCAGCCGCUGCGGGUGAAGAAAGGCGGGAAAAUAAAGCAAAGCUGGUUAGGAAAUAUUUGAAGAAAUUAAAGAAAGAAGAUGGUGCUAUUAAGUUGGUCGGUGGUAGUAAUGAAUUGGAAGGGAACGUAGAGAUUCUGCACGAAGGCAAAUGGGGCGCCGUGUGCGAUGAUGAAUGGGACGCAAAUGAAGCUGAGGUCGUUUGCAGGCAGCUUGGCUACGCGGGCAAGCCGAAGCACACGCACAGUGCAACGUUCGGACUCGCCAGGAGAAAAUUUUGGAUGGACAACAUUUACUGUGAUGGUACGGAAACGGAAUUAUCGAAGUGCAGAUUCGACGGUUGGGGAAAUAGCGAUUGCGAGCCGGAAGAAGCCGCCGGUGUUAUUUGUAAACAGGAAACCGCCGAAGAUAAUGAAGUGGAGGCGCAGAAGCCGGAAACUAUCCUUCCAAAAUUCAAGGUGCCCAUCAGGAAUGCAACUCAAGAACCGAUACAGGUCCGCCUAAUGGGCGGAAGAGUUCGUGACGAAGGUCGGGUGGAGAUACGAGUAGGAUCUGGUCCUUGGGGAACAGUUUGCGGCGACGGUUGGUCCCUGCUGGAAGGUGCCGUCAUUUGUAGGCAACUGGGAUUCGGAUACGCCAACGACGCGUUGCAAACAGAUUUUUUUGGAAAUGGAAACGGAUCGAUGUUGCUCAGCGGAAUAAAAUGCCAUGGGAACGAACCAGAUAUAACGCAUUGUCUGCAUGACACCAUUGGCAACGUCACCUGCCCAGGAUUAAAAGGGCACGUAGCCGGAGUAACAUGCAUUGACCAACUACCGGAUUUAGUAAUAGAUCACAUAGAAUUAGAAAGAACGGCCCAUUUAGAAGAUAAACCCAUGUUUUAUCUCCAAUGUGCGAUGGAGGAGAAUUGUCUAGGUAGUCAAGCGUAUGUAAUUCAGAGGCAGAACGACGCUUGGCAUUUGGAAACCAGGAGGUUAUUGAGAUUCACUGCGCGCGUAUUAAAUGCCGGCUCCGCAGAUUUCAGACCGUCGAUUCCUAAGCACCUAUGGGAAUGGCACAUGUGUCACAGGCAUUACCACAGUAUGGAAGUUUUCGCAACAUUCGACAUAAUCAAUUCCGAAGGCAGGCGAGUUGCAGAAGGACAUAAAGCAUCAUUUUGCUUGGAAGACAAUUUAUGCAUACCAGGAGUGAAACCAAGAUACGCCUGCGCAAAUUACGGCGAUCAAGGAAUUUCUGUAAACUGUUCCGAUAUCUACCGCUACAAUAUAGACUGCCAAUGGGUUGAUAUUUCUGAACUAAAGCCAGGAAUUUACAGAAUGAAAGUAUCAGUGAAUCCAGAAUUUAAAGUAGCCGAAAUUACUUUCGAUAACAAUGCCGCCGUUUGUGAACUAAUAUACACCGAAACUUACGCAAGAUUAUUCAAUUGCAGAGUAGAAAGACCUUAG